CUCUGGUUCUUCCUCCCUCCCACUGUGGGCUGCGGCGCUGGCGUUCCGCGCGCGCGAGUUCACUGCGCCUGCUCGGCGUGUGGACGCCACACGCUCCCGGAAGUAGGAGGUGGCCGUAGGAGUUUGUGUGGCCGCCGCCGCGGGAACGCGAGCCCGGUAAUUUUUCAACUGAGAAAGGCUAAGCUUUCGGGCUUGACCGGGUGAGAGUGAGCGACGGUCCUGCCCCAGCAGCUUUCUUCUGACGUGACAGCAAGCAUGGAAAAUCCACAGAGCAAAGAGGCUGGCGGCGAGGACGUGGCUCCCGCGCUGCAGGAGUCGCCACGGCUGGAGGGCGGGGAAGAGUCGCCGCAUCCGAGUCCUGAGAAAAAUCAGUGUAGAUUUGAUGGCCAAGAAACAAAAGGAUCCAAGUUCAUUACCUCCAGUGCGAGUGACUUCAGUGACCCAGUUUACAAAGAGAUUGCUAUUACCAAUGGUUGUAUUAAUAGAAUGAGUAAGGAAGAACUCAGAGCUAAGCUUUCAGAAUUCAAGCUUGAAACCAGAGGAGUAAAGGAUGUACUAAAGAAGAGACUGAAAAACUAUUAUAAGAAGCAGAAGCUGAUGUUGAAAGAGAGCAGCUGUGCUGACAGUUACUAUGACUACAUUUGUAUUAUUGACUUUGAAGCCACUUGUGAAGAAGGAAACCCACCUGAGUUUGUACAUGAAAUAAUUGAAUUUCCGGUUGUUUUACUGAAUACGCAUACUUUAGAAAUAGAAGACACAUUUCAGCAGUAUGUAAGACCAGAGAUUAACACACGGCUGUCUGAUUUCUGCAUCAGCCUUACUGGAAUUACUCAGGAUCAGGUAGACAGAGCUGAUACCUUCCCUCAUGUACUAAAAAAAGUAAUUGACUGGAUGAAAUUGAAGGAAUUAGGAACAAAGUAUAAAUAUUCAAUUUUAACAGAUGGUUCUUGGGAUAUGAGUAAGUUCUUGAACAUUCAGUGCCAAAUCAGCAGGAUCAAAUAUCCUUCUUUUGCUAAAAAGUGGAUCAAUAUUCGGAAGUCAUAUGGAAACUUUUACAAGGUUCCUAGAAGCCAAACCAAACUGGCAAUAAUGCUUGAAAAAUUAGGAAUGGAUUAUGAUGGGCGGCCUCACUGUGGUCUUGAUGACUCUAAGAACAUCGCCCGAAUAGCAGUUCGAAUGCUUCAGGAUGGAUGUGAACUCCGAAUCAAUGAGAAAAUGCAUGCAGGACAGCUAAUGAGUGUGUCCUCCUCCUCACCAAUAGAGGGCACUCCACCUCCACAAAUGCCGCAUUUUAGAAAGUAACAUCAGUUUUGUCUGUGGAUCAUUCCAAUUGAAGUUGCUAUGAAGAGGCAGCAGAUGAAUACUCAUUGAAUUAGUCCUGUAGUGCAAACUUUAAGCACCUUAAAACAUUUAAAAUCUUAUUACAGGCGAUAAGGAUAUAUGUACGUGAACAUGUUUUGUGGGAGGGCAUUCUGAAUUCUUUGUCACCAGCACUUUUGAUAUGAGCAGUAUUUGUUACCCAGUAACAGUUCCUGCUUAGAACAGAAUUUUAUAAUUUAAGGUGUUCAAGAUGUAUUCUCUUUGGUUUUAAAAUGCAAAAUCUUAUUGGCUGUUCUUUUGAAUGUCAUAUCUUACUGAUGUUAAAAUAUAGAAUAUAUUUCUUUAUUACCAUCACUAGAUGAAAUCAUAAAAUGCAGAAAUUAUUGGAAGGUAGGUCUUAUCUAGCCUUUGGAUUUCAAAACUAUUAUAGUCCUUUUAAUUUUAAAAGUUUAUAUGAAAAUUUCACCAUGUAUGCUGUGAAUUUCCUAAGAUACUUGGCAUACGUAUCUGUCUAUGUUUCUUUUCAGUUCAUAAUUGGAAGAAUCGUGAUAGAUUAUAGGGUCUUGUUAAAAAUUCAGUUACUAAAGAAAUUAAUGAAAACUCAGAAGAAAACACUAAAAGGAAUAUCAUAAAGGCUGUAGCUCAACCUUCAUAAUACAUAAAUAAAUCACUGGGGUCUUUUACAAUUUGGUUGUUUGGUUCUCCUUCCUUUUUUGACUUAUAUAUUCCUUAAUUCUUAAAUUUGAGGGACCAUGUUUUGAAAUAGACUAAAAAUUAAGGGUCACCACCUAAUUUUGCAUUUGUAUUCAGUAUCGUCAAUGAGGUUAAUAAAAUAUACUUUCUACCAUAUAUUAUGUUUUUGUUAUUUCAAAACUUCAUUGGCCACCAAUGGAGUUAAUAAAAUACUUGUUUUUCUGAUUUUACAUAAUGGCUGCUAAAUAUUGAGUAGUUCUUAACUAAUUCUAAAAUCUAAAAUGUGCAUUUUGAGUUAAUAAAGUAAAACUCUUUAUCUAGAGGCUAAACCCAUGUAUUUUCAAAAUUGAAUUUUUCUCCCUGUAGCUUUCAAGGGAACAAUUUCAUUGAAUUGCUUCUUGCCUUUUACCUUUUAAUAAAAAUUGUGGUGCUGCUUUGUUUUAAAGAUGUAUAUAUUAUAACCAAAUGAAUUUUCUCAGAGGUUUCCAAACCUGAUAUAUAGGAGAAAAGCAGGAAAGUAGACAUUUUUCUUAGCAUGGGAAUUCUCUGCAUAGGGCAGAUUUCUUAAACCAAUAAAUUUCUGCUUUUGAGCAGUAGUCAUAUAAUCAAUAUCAUAAAGAAUAAUGUGUAAAUAACAGAAGGCAUGAGUGUGUGAUGUUCCUAGAUAAACUGUUACAGAUUAUAGUAAAAUAAGGAAAUCCAAGCACUUUAAGUUUAUACAGUUAACUCUUAGGACAAGAGGGAUGUAUGCUGAGAUGUUGUGAAUCCCAGAUGGCACGGUAUGAUAAACUGUAAAGUGUUACUAAAAGUCUUAAAGAAUUUCCUACAAAUCCUUAACUGUGCCAGGGCAAAGGACAAAGGAGUAGAAAAUAGCAAAUCACAGAUGGCAAGAGAUCUAGACACACUCUUUAGGUGAUUUUUUUUCUGUAUAACCACCCUGCUGUGGGAUUCAAAUCCAUGCUCUAGCAGAACUAUAAUUGCCUCUCAUGUACCUCCAUAGUUGCACAUGAAUAGCUGAAACUGCAAUUGGAAAAUCUGAGGAUGGCAAGGAAAUCACUAGAUUGGUGGGGUUUUUUUAGGUCUAUCUGCUAAUUUCUUUGCCUGUUUUUAUUUUUGCCAAGUACUAACAAGUUCAUGUUGUACUCCUUUAAGACCUUCAACAUUACAAGCUCUCAGUACCCUAUUGUUGUGGUUUGACACAGUUUUUGCUCAUCUGCCAAGCUGGAGUACAGUAGUGUGAUCUUGGCUCACUGCAACCUCUGCCUCCUAGCUCAGGCGAUCCUCUUGCCUCAGCCUACUGAGUAGGUGGGAUUAUAGGCGCAAGCCAUCAGAUUUUUGUAUUUUUAAUAGAGAUGGGAUUUCACCAUGUUGACCAGGCUGAUCUUGAACUCCUCAUCUCAACUGAUUUGCCCGUUUCUACCACCCAAAGUGCUUGCAUUAGACAUGAGCCACUGUGCCUGGCCUUGGUACCCUUUUGGCUCAACCAUAGAUUUUACUGUCGACCCAUUUUAAUUACUCUUUUUUUUUUAAUUUUAAUUUAAUUUUAUUUUAUUGCAUUUUAGGUUUUGGGGUACAUGUGCAGAACAUGCAAGAUAGUUGCAUAGAUACACACGUGGCAGUGUGAUUUGCUGUAUUCCUCCCCUUCACCCACAUCUGGCAUUUCUCCCCAUGCUAUCCCUCCCCAGCUUCCCCGCCCCGGCUGUCCCUCCCCUAUUUCCCCCAAUAGACCCCAGUGUGUAGUGCUCCCCUCCCUGUGUCCAUGUGUUCUCAUUGUUCAUCACCCACCUAUGAAUAAGAAUAUACGGUAUUUCAUUUUCUGUUCUUGUGUCAGUUUGCUGAGAAUGAUGUUCUCCAGAUCCAUCCAUGUCCCUACAAAGGACACGAACUCAUUGUUUUUGAUGGCGGCAUAAUAUUCCAUGGUGUAUAUGUGCCACAUUUUCCCAGUCCAGUCUAUCAUCGAUGGGCAUUUGGGUUGGUUCCAGGUCUUUGCUAUUGUAAACAGUGCUGCAGUGAACAUUCGUGUGCAUGUGUCCUUAUAGCAGAACGAUUUAUAGUCCUUUAGAUAUAUACCCAGUAAUGGGAUUGCUGGGUCAAAUGGAAUUUCUAUUUCUAGGUCCUUGAGGAAUCGCCACACUGUCUUCCACAAUGGUUGGACUAAUUUACACUCCCACCAGCAGUGUAAAAGUGUUCCUAUUUCUCCACAUCCUCUCCAGCAUCUGUUGUCUCCAAAUUUUUUAAUGAUCGCCAUUCUAACUGGCGUGAGAUGGUAUCUCAAGGUAGUUUUGAUUUGCAUUUCUCUGAUGACCAGUGACGAUGAGCAUUUUUUCAUAUGUUUGUUGGCCUCAUGUAUGUCUUCUUUUGUGAAGUGUCUGUUCAUAUCCUUUGCCCAUUUUUGAAUGGGCUCGUUUGUUUUUUUUCUUGUAAAUCUGUUUGAGUUCUUUGUAAAUUCUGGAUAUCAGCCCUUUGUCAAAUGGGUAAACUGCAAAAAUUUUUUCCCAUUCUGUUGGUUGCCGAUUCACUCUAGUGACUGUUUCUUUUGCCAUGCAGAAGCUGUGGAGUUUGAUUAGGUCCCAUUUGUCUAUUUUGGCUUUUGUUGCCAAUGCUUUUGGUGUUUUGGUCUUGAAGUCCUUGCCUACUCCUAUGUCCUGAAUGGUUUUGCCUAGAUUUUCUUCUAGGGUUUUUAUGGUGCCAGGUCUUAUGUUUAAGUCUUUAAUCCAUCUGGAGUUAAUUUUAGUGUAAGGUGUCAGGAAGGGGUCCAGUUUCUGCUUUCUGCACAUGGCUAGCCAGUUUUCCCAACACUAUUUAUUAAACAGGGAAUCCUUUCCCCAUUGCUUGUUUUUGUCAAGUUUAUCAAAGAUUGUAUGGUUGUAGAUAUGUUGUGUUGCCUCCAAUGCCUCUGUUCUGUUCCAUGGGUCUAUAUCUCUGUUUUGGUACCAGUACCAUGCUGUUUCAAUUACUGUAGCCUUGUAGUAUAGUUUGAAGUUCAGUAGUGUGAUGCCUCCUGCUGUGUCUUUUUGCUUAGAAUUGACUUGGCUAUGUGGGCUCUCUUUUGGUUCCAUAUGAAGUUCAAGGUGGUUUUUUCCAGUUCUGUGAAGAAAGUCAAUGGUAGCUUGAUGGGGAUAGCGUUGAGUCUGUAAAUUACUUUGGGCAGUAUGGCCAUUUUCAUGAUAUUGAUUUUUCCUAACCAUGAACAUGGAAUGUUUCUCCAUCUGUUUGUGUCCUCUCUUAUUUCAUUGAGCAGUGGUUUGUAGUUCUCCUUGAAGAGGUCCCUUACGUUCCUUGUUAAUUGUAUUCCUAGGUAUUUUAUUCUCUUUGUAGCAAUUGUGAAUGUCAGUUCGUUCUUGAAUUGACUCUCUUUAAGUCUAUUAUUGGUGUAUAAGAAUGCUUGUGAUUUUUGCACAUUGAUUUUAUAUCCUGACACUUUGCUGAAGUUGCUUAUCAGUUUCAGGAGAUUUUGGGCUGAGACGAUGGGGUCUUCUAGAUAUACUAUCAUGUUGUCUGCAAAUAGAGACAAUUUGGCCGCCUCCUUUUCUAUUUGAAUACCGUUUAUUUCUUUUUCUUGCCUGAUUGCUCUGGCUAGAACUUCCAGUACUAUAUUGAAUAGGAGUGAUGAGAGAGGGCAUUCUUGUCUAGUGCCAGAUUUCAAAGGGAAUGCUUCCAGUUUUUGCCCAUUCGGUAUGGUAUUGGCUGUUGGUUUGUCAUAAAUAGCUUUUAUUAUUUUGAGAUACGUUUCAUCAAUACCGAGUUUAUUGAGGGUUUUUAGCAUAAAGGGCUGUUGAAUUUUGUCAAAGACCUUCUCUGCAUCAAUUGAGAUAAUCAUGUGGUUUUUGUUUUUGGUUCUGUUUAUGUGGUGAAUUACAUUUAUAGACUUGUGUGUGUUGAAACCAGCCUUGCAUCCCCGGGAUGAAUCCUACUUGAUCAUGGUGGAUAAGCUUUUUGAUGUGCUGUUGCAAUCGGCUUGCCAGUAUUUUAUUGAAGAUUUUUGCGUCUAUGUUCAUCAUGGAUAUUGGCCUGAAGUUUUCUUUUCUUGUUGAGUCUCUGCUGGGUUUUGGUUUCAGGAUGAUGUUGGUCUCAUAAAAUGAUUUGGGAAGGAUUCCCUCUUUUUGGAUUAUUUGGAAUAGUUUCAGAAGGAAUGGUAACAGUUCCUCUUUGUGUGCCUGGUAGAAUUCGGCUGUGAACCCAUCUGGACCUGGGCUUCUUUUGUGUGGUAGGCUCUUAAUUGCUGCCUCAACUUCAGACCUUGUUAUUGGUCUAUUCAUAGUUUCUACUUCCUCCUGGUUUAGGCUUGGGAGGACACAAGUGUCCAGGAAUUUAUCCAUUUCUUCCAGGUUUACUAGUUUAUGUGCAUAGAGUUGUUUGUAAUAUUCUCUGGUGAUGGUUUGAAUUUCUGUGGGAUCUGUGGUGAUUUCCCCUCUAUCGUUUUUUAUUGCAUCUAUUUGGUUAUUCUCUCUCUUUUUUUUUUUUUUUUAGACAGAAUUUCGCUCUUGUUACCCAGGCUGGAGUGCAAUGGCGCGAUCUCGGCUCACUGCAACCUCCGCCUCCUGAGUUCAGGCAAUUCUCCUGCCUCAGCCUCCUGAGCAGCUGGGAUUACAGGCACGCACCACCAUGCCCGGCUAAUUUUUUGUAUUUUUAGUAGAGACGGGGUUUCACCGUGUUGACCAGGAUGGUCUCGAUCUCUUGACCUCGUGAUCCACCCGCCUCGGCCUCCCAAAGUGCUGGGAUUACAGGCUUGAGCCACCGCGCCCGGCCCUCUUUUUUUUUUCCUAUUAAUCUGGCUAGUGGUCUGUCUUUUCAAACAACCAGCUCUUGGAUUUAUUGAUUUUUGAAGGGUUUUUCAUGUCUUUAUCUCCUUCAGUUCUGCUCUGAUCUUAGUUAUUUCUUGCCUUCUGCUAGGUUUUGAGUUUUUUUGAUCUUGCUCCUCCAGCUCUUUCAAUUUUGAUGUUAGGGUGUCAAUUUGGAUCUCUCCACUCCUCUCAUGUGGGCACUUAUAGCUAUAUGUUUACCUCUAGAGACUGCUUUAAAUGUGUCCCAGAUAUUCUGGUAUGUUGUGUCUUCGUUCUCGUUGGUUUCGAAGAACUUCUUUAUUUCUGCCUUCAUUUCAUUGUUUAUCCAGCCAACAUUCAAGAGCCAGUUGUUCAGUUUCCAUGAAGCUGUGCGGUUCUUAGUUAGUUUCUGAAUUCUGAGUUCUAACUUGAUUGCACUAUGGUCUGAGAGACUGUUAUGAUUUUAGUUGUUUUGCAUUUGCUGAGGAGUGAUCUACUUCCAAUUAUGUGGUCAGUUUUAGAGUAGGUUUGAUGUGGUGCUGAGAAGAAUGUAUAUUCUGUGGAUUUGGGGUGGAGAGUUCUGUAAAUGUCUAUCAGGUUUGCUUGUUCCAGGUCUGAGUUCAAGUCCUGGAUAUCCUUGUUAAUUUUCUGUCUGGUUGAUCUGUCUAGUAUUAACAGUGGAGUGUUAAAGUCUCCCAAUAUUAUUGUGUGGGAGUCUAAGUCUCUUUGUAAGUCAUUAAGAACUUGCCUUAUAUAUCUGGGUGCUCCUGUAUUGGGUCCAUAUAUGUUUAGGAUCGUUAGCUCUUCUUGUUGUAUUGAUCCUUUUACCAUUAUGUAAUGUCCUUUGUCUCUUUUGAUCUUUGUUGCUUUAAAGUCUAUUUUAUCAGAGACGAGAAUUGCAACUCCUGCUUUUUUUUGCUCUCCAUUUGCUUGGUAAAUCUUCCUCCAUCCCUUUAUUUUGAGCCUUUGUGUAUCCUUGCAUGUGAGAUGGGUUUCCUGGAUACAGCACACCGAUGGGUUUUGGCUUUUUAUCCAAUUUGCCAGUCUGUGUCUUUUGAUUGGUGCAUUUACCCCGUUUACAUUUAGGGUUAAUAUUGUUAUGUGUGAAUUUGAUACUGCUGUUUUGAUGCUAGCUGACUGUUUUGCCCAUUAGUUGAUGCAGAUAAUUCAUUUUGUUGAUGCUCUUUAGCAUUUGGUAUGUUUUUGGAAUGGCUGAUAUUGGUUGUUCCUUUCUAUGUGUAGUGCCUCUUUCAGGAGCUCUUAUAAAGCAGGCCUUGUGGUGACAAAAAUCUCUGAGUACUUGCUUGUUCGCAAAGGAUUUUAUUUUUCCUUCACUUCUGAAGCUCAGUUUGGCUGGAUAUGAAAUUCUGGGUUGAAAGUUCUUUUCUUUAAGGAUGUUGAAUAUUGGCCCCCACUCUCUUCUGUCUUGUAGAGUUUCUGCCGAGAGAUCUGCUGUGAGUCUGAUGGGCUUCCCUUUGUUGGUGACCCGACCUUUUUCUCUGGCUGCCCUUAGCAUUUUCUCCUUCAUUUCAACCCUGGCGAAUCUGACCAUUAUGUGCCUUGGGGUUGCUCUUCUUGCGGAAUAUCUUUGUGGUGGUCUCUGUAUUUUCUGGACUUGAGUAUUGGCCUGACUUGCUAGUUUGGGAAAAUUUUCCUGGAUAAUAUUCUGAAGAGUAUUUUCCAGCUUGGAUUCAUUCUCUUUGUCACAUUCAGGUACACCUAUCAAAUGUAGAUUAGGUCUCUUCACAUAGUCCCACAUUUCUUGUAGACUUUGUUCAUUCCUUUUUACGCUUUUUUCUCUAAUCUUGGUUUCUUGUUUUAUUUCAUUGAAUUGAUCUUCGACUUCUGAUAUCCUUUUUUCUGCUUGGUCAAUUCAGCUGUUGAGACUUGUACAUGCUUUGCGAAGCUCUCGUGUUGUGUUUUUCAGCUCCUUCAAUUUACUCAUAUUCCUCUCUAAGUUGUCCAUUCUUGUUAUCAUUUCCUCAAAUCUUUUUUCAAGGUUCUUAGUUUCUUUGCAUUGAGUUAGAACAUGUUCUUUUAGCUCACGGAAGUUUCUCAUUACCCACCUUCUAAAGUCUGAUUCUGUCAUUUCAUCACACUCAUUCUCCGUCCAGGUUUGUUCCCUUGCUGGUGAGGAGUUGUGGUCCCUUGUAGGAUGUGAGGUGUUCUGGUUUCGGUUGUUUUCCUCCUUCUUGCACUGGUUUCUUCCCAUCUUUGUGGAUUCAUCCACCUGUCGUCUGAGUAGUUACUGAUUUUCCGAUUGGGUCUCUGAGUGGACGUCCAGAUUGUUGAUGAUGAAGUAUUUCUGUUUCUUAGUUUUCCUUCGAACAGUCUGGCCCCUCUGCUGUAGGACUGCUGAGGUCCACUCCAGGCCCUGCUUGCCUGGGGUACACCUGUAGCAGCUGUGGAACUCUGAGGGUUGCUACCUGUUUGUCGUUCUGCUAUCUUUGUCCCUGAAUGGUGCCUGCCAAAUGUCAGUCUGAUCAGUCCUUUGUGAGGUGACUCUUUGGAUAUAUGGGGGUCAGGGAGCUGCUUGAGGAGACUAUCUGUAGUUUAUACUUGAGGAGACAGUCUGUACUUCAUAGGAGCUCAAGUGCUGAGCUGUGAGCUUCGUUGUUCAUUCAGGGCUGCUAGGCAGGUACAUUUAAGUCUGCUGCAGAAGAACUCAUAAAGCCCCUUUUUUUUCCUCAGGUGCUCUGUCCCGGGGAGUUAGGGCUUUAUUUAUGAGUAUCUGUUACACUGUCCUGCUCAGCAAGGAGGCAGUCAAAUCACUGCUUGCCUGUAGUGGCUAUGCUGAGCUGCCGUGGGCUCCACCCUGUUGCCGUGGGCUCCGCCCUGCUGCCGUGUGUAAUUCCCUGUAAUCCUAUUUAUAUGGGUGUGGUUAGAGCUGCCGUGGUGAUGAUGGCCUGCCUCUGUAGUGGUGGACUCUCUCUGUUAUGGCGGACUCUCUCUGUUAUGGCAGGUUGCCUCAGCAACGACAGGCUGCUCAGCAAUGGCAGUGUACCUCCGUAGGGUCAAGUGCCUCGGUAAUGGUGGACGCCCCUCCCUCUCCGAGCUGCACCAUCCUAGGUUCAGCUGUGCUUUCCAUGAAACUCUCAACCCUGAGCAUUUCCAAUUGCUGGUUUGUUUGUUUUUUGUGGGGGUGGAACCCGCCGAGCGUAAUCACCUGGCUCCCUGCCUCAGAGCCCUUUUUUUUUUUUAAGUUGAAUGGUUGACUCUCUCUCAGGUGUUCCAGUCACCUGCUGAAAGGGCGCUGGGAUCUGUGUGAUUUCUUGUGCAGCAACCCACUCCGCCGGCUGGAAUCACAUUGCUGCCCGGGAAUCUCCUGGCCUGGCUUUCUGUUUAAGUCCCAUUUAAUCAGAUGAAUGUGCUAAUCUGCCUUCCGAAAUCUCCAAUUGCCAGUUUAACAGGGCAACCAAAUCAGUGUACUUUGUACGGAGUGCCGCUGCGCUGAGGCCCUGGCCCAAACAGCCACACCGGUCAAACAGCCAGGCUGGCUCCUGGUCUGUGGACAAUAAAGAUUUAUCUGGAAAUGUGGAGUCCACUCACCAUCUGCAGAUUCACUGGGAGCUGCAAUCCUGAGUUGGUCCUACAGUGCCAUCUUCUCCCAUUCUUUUUUCUGUACCUUUAAUUACCCUAUUGAGUCUCUGUCCUCCCUUACAAUUUGAUUAGGGAUUUUGCUGAUAAGAUGAUAUUAAACAUCAAGAGUACUACUUUUUACUCUGACUUUUAUUGUGUUGUCUUUAACAGACAAAUAGUAUAAUUUUUUUACAAGGAAACACAUGAGACGGAUGUCUUUCUGGUAUCCACACCAAGACAAGAUUAGUAUAUUCUAUUUUUGUUACUUUUUAUUAAUAGUUACUUAGAAUUUACAAACAAUCCUUGUUUUCAUAAUUAUUAGCUAUGUUAAUUUUUAUUCUAUGCUUCACUUGCUCUGACACUGACAUAGUAGGAUUCUGCUGAUUUUUUCAAAUCCACAAUCUUUAUAACAAACUGAAGUAUAUAAUAGAGCACUAUAUUUUGUUUUUAUUUUUUUGUGUUCUUUUGGAUCGAAUAUUUAACAUUUGCUCUGAAAAAAUGUUUUUGUGAUUUGUCUUUUUUGCCUUGAGAUAGAUCUGUUUAUCCUGCCUCCUAGGGACAAGUUUCUGCCUGGAUUGAAACAGAAAAAAAGCCACAGGAGUCACAAGCAUGUUACCUAUUAAAAGAGAGAGGGUAUCUCUGAGGACUAAUUAAAAUGGUAAUUUUUAAAAAGAUGGGACAAGUUGACUUUUAGUAUAUCAUCCCAAGUAUUAUCCCCAAAAUGAUAAUUCAAAACAAAUAAUUUGGAGACCAGGAGAAAAACUGGUAGUAGGAUUGAUUACUGGAGAGGGGAAGAAGCACAUGUGAUCAGGAUAAAUAAUGCUUGCUUGUCCUCAGCUUUAGGUAGAGGUGCCAAAGAAGCUACCUGCCUCACAGAUGAGCACACACGGGUGUACUGUACUUUGAAGGAAGACUUGCCAUUUCUGAGGUAUCAUGGAGAAGUGUAAGAGAGCAGAAACUGUCACUUCUGAAUCUUUGAUUCCAGCAGCAAAAAUGUUUUGCACAUAGUCGAAUACAAUGUUGAUAAAUGGAGGACAGCAUUAAAUCUUUUUUCUAUUAAAAAUUUCCUCUUUCUUCUGCACCACCAACCUGUAUUUCAAGCGUCCCUGUCCCACAAAGCUUCUAUAGCCCAUAAAUUUGUUAAUCUAGAGCAGGGAUCAGCAGACCACCACCCAUGGGCAAAAUCUGGCCUGCUACCUAUUUUUGUAUGGCCUACUAAGUAUGGUUUUUAUAUUUUUAAUGGUUUUAAAUAAUAUUUUGUAUAAUAUAAAAAUUACAUGAAAUUGAAUUUUAGUUUCUCUAAAGUUUUGGAAAGAGCUACCAUUCUCAUUUGUUUUCAUGUCAUCUCUGACCACUUUUGUGCUACAAUGGCAGAUUUGAAUAGCUGCAUCAGUGGUACCAUCUGGCCAGCAAGUCCAAAACUAUGACUGUCUUGCCCUUUGUGGAGAAAGUUUGCCUACCCUUACCUCCCUUAUCUAAUGCAAUAUGUAAGUUCCAUCAACAAACAAGAAAUCGACUUGGUAACAUGAGAACCUAGAGCUGAAUGUUGAAGUACAAUAAUGAUACUUGCUCCAAACGUUUAUUGAGCACUGCUAAGGUACUUUACUCCAUUGUUUAAUAAGAAUCCGGUGAGGGAGAGAGGCAUUAUUUCCAAUUUACAGAUGGGAAAAUUGAGGUACAGAGUGGUUGACUUGUGCAAGUUGAAGUAGUGGGAGCUGCAGACUCUGGCUGUCUGACUUGAGCCACUGUCCUUUACCCUUGUGCUAUGCUGCCUCCCCUUGUGGACUUUGGCUUAACCUGACAUUUCAGAAAUAAUUAGGUUGACCUGGGUAGAAUAAACAUCUUCAUCCUUCAGUUUAAAUUAGACAUUUUCAAUGUGAUUGUACUAAAUGUUGCAAAUCAGAAGAUAAUUUGAUGUUCAUUUUUUGAAUAAAGCAUAUAAAAUACUGUUAACUUCUAAUUUAACCAGCUCUAAGGUUUUUUGGAGAUGGGGAUAAGUGGAGAAGAGAAGGAUUUCUGCUUUAAAAUUUCCCCCAUGUUCUGGAGAGUUUAUAAUGACACAGAGGCUAAACGGCUUAACCUUGACGGAUUGAGAGGUCAGAGUAACUUUGUGGAUUUCUUAUCAAGUCUGGGGUAAAGUACUGAUUCUGAAGCUUUAAGCCAGAUCUGCUUUUCUACUUGCAAAUGCGUGUUCUCAAGAUAAAUUUCAUUAGUUUUUUUUUUUAGGGUGAAUACUUCUCAAUCUUUGAGGAGCCACAGGGCAAGCCUCAUUUUAUUGCACUUCUCUGUAUUGUACUUUGCAGAUACUAAUUUUGUUUUCUUUCUUUCUUUCUUUCUUUAACAGAUGGAAGGUUUGUGUCAGUCCUGCAUGGACAAAGUCAUUUUCCCAACAUCAUGUGCUCACUUCAUGUCUCUCACAUUUUGGUAAUUCUCCCUAUAUUUCAAACUUUUUGAUUAUUAUUAUCUAUCUUAUGGUGACUUGUAAUCAGUGACCUUUGAUGUUACUAUCAUGAUUGUUUUCGGGCACCACAAAGCACACCCAUAUAAGACAGUGAACGUCAUUGAUAAAUGUCUGUGUUUUCCCCAUCUCUCCCUCUCGGUCCUUCCUAUUCCCUGAAACACAAUAUUGAAAUUAGGCCAAUAAUAAGCCUACAGUGGCCUCUGCGUGUUCAAGUGACAGGAAGAGUCACAUGUCUUUAACUUUAAAUAAACAACUGGAAAUGAUUAAGCAUAGUGAGGAAGGCCUGCCAAAAGCUAAGACGGGCUGAAAGCUAUGACUCUUGAUCCAAAUUAGUUAGCUAAGUUGUAAAUCCAAAGGAAAAGUUACUGAAGAAAAUUAAAAGUGCUACUCCAGUGAGCACACAAAUGAUAAGAAAGCAAAACAGCCUUAUUACUGAUACGGAGAAGGUUCUAGUGGCUUGGAUAAAAAAUCAAACCCCCACAUUCGCUGAAACCUAAGCCUAAUCUAGAGCAAGAAUGUAACUGUCUCAUAUUCUGUGAAGGUUGAGGGAGGUGAGGAAGCUGCAGAAGAAAAGUUGAAAGCCAGCAGAGAUUGGUUCGUGAAAUUUAAGGGAUGAAGCCGUCUCCAUAAAAUAAAAGUGCCAGGUGAAGCAGCAAGUGCUGAUGUAGAAGUUGUAGCAAGUUAUCUGGAAGAUCUAGCUAGGGUAAUUAAUGAAGGUGGCCACACCAGACAACAAGUUUUUAAUGUACAUGAAAUAGCCUCCUAUUAAAAGAAGAUAACAUCUAGGACUUUCUCAGACAGAAGUCAAUGCUUGGCUUCAAGGCUUCAAAGGCAGGCUGAUUAUUGUUAGGGACUAAUGCAGCUGGUGACUUCAAGAUAAAGCCAGUGUUCAUUAACCAUUCUAAAAAUCCUAGGGCCCUUUUGCUAAAUCUACUCUGCCUGUGCUCUAAAAAGGGAACAGCAAAGCCUGAAUGACAGUACAUCUGUUUACAACAUCAUUUACUGAAUAUUUGAAGCCUGCUGUUGAGACUUACUGCUCAG